CUUCCACCGCUGGCCAGGCAACAUGGAUGAUAAACAGUCAGAGGAUUCACGCAAGGACAUGGGCUUUGGAAAUCCAAGGGAUGGACUCCUGGUGAGACUCAGGAAAUUUAACCCCAGGGAUGUUUUUACCUGGCAGCUGGCCAAGACGCUGGCCAUGGGUCAGGGUCUGGCUGGACUCAUCUGCGGGACAGCCAUCUCCUCCCAGUACCUGGCCACAAACUUCCACGUCAACACUCCCAUGCUGCAGAGCUUUCUCAACUACAUGCUGCUGUCUGCCACCUACACCACCAUGCUGAUAUGCAGAAGAGGGGAUGGCAAUAUUUUACAGAUCCUGAAGAAGAGAUGGUGGAAGUACCUCCUGCUGGGGCUGGUGGACGUGGAGGCCAACUACACUGUUGUUAAAGCUUACCAAUAUACCACCCUCACCAGCGUGCAACUGCUGGACUCCUUUGUGAUCCCCGUCUUAAUGUUGCUGUCUUGGUGGAUUUUGAAGACACGGUACAGAGUAGUCCACUAUGUAGCCGUCUGCAUCUGUCUCCUUGGAGUGGGGGCCAUGGUCGGGGCCGACCUGCUGGCUGGAAGAGAUCAGGGCUCCACCUCCAACAUCUUGUUGGGUGACGGCUUGGUGCUGCUCAGUGCCGCUCUGUACGCCGUCUCCAACGUGUGUCAGGAAUACACGGUGAAGAACCUGAGCAGAGUGGAGUUCCUGGGCAUGGUCGGCCUGUUCGGCACCGCCAUCAGCACCAUACAGAUGGUGAUCCUGGAGCGUAACCAGGUUACUGCCAUCGUGUGGAGCUGGCAAGUUGCUCUUCUGUUCUCUGCAUAUGCGCUGUGCAUGUAUGCUUUGUACAGCUUUAUGCCUAUCGUCAUGAAGCUGAGCAGUGCCACCGCCGCCAACCUCUCUCUGCUCACCGCUGACCUCUUCAGCCUUUUCUGUGGGAUCUUCCUCUUCCAGUACGAUUUCUCUGGACUCUACCUUGUCGCCCUUGUGGUCAUCCUUGUUGGCUUCAUCACCUUCAACGCCGUCCCGACGCCCACUGACCUCCAGGACCCCGGCGCCUCGUCUCCCUCCUCCAUCUGUGAGGACGGUUACUAUGACAAUGCUGUUGCUGCUCAGAAUGACGCCACCGGAAGGGAAGUGACUGUUCGGAUCCCCGCUGAGGUGGAUGAGGGGGAAGAAGAGGAGCUGCAGAGAGAUGGAGGGAAGAAAGGGGCAAGGAAAGAAAGAAAGGCGAGGAAGAAGAGCACUUCCCGAUCAUCAAAGAGGCUUGCAGACAAGAGCAGGGAUAAUGAAGGUGUCGACAUCGAACGUAGUACAAAAAUGUGAAAAGCAGCACAACACUAUAAAUAUACUAUAUUAAAUAUGUAUUUAUUGUUUGCAUACAACAGAUCUGGAAAUACACAGAAUGUAAGAAAUGCAAAUGAAAACAAAGAUUGUUCUUAUUUUCUUUGAAAGGGUUUGUUUACAUGUUAAUUUUUUUUUUAUUUACCUAAAAUCUGCCGGACUAUAAUUUAAUCCACUGACAUUUUUAAAUAAAACAGAAUAUUUUACCCCUCCCUCAAAAAAAAUAUUUUAAAAAUCAGUCUUUGCAGAAAAAAAUAUAUGCACAUAUGAGAGCAGGCAUUAGGAAUUUGAGGUGUGCCAACCAAACGGAUGAGAAUUUUCUUAAUAAAGUUAUGCACAUUUUUAUGGUGGGGGGUGAAUGGUUUUGAUGUUCAGUUUUGGAGACAAAAAAAUAUGGUCAAAGAUCUUCUGUGCAAAAGCACAAGCAGCUUUUGUUGUCUUAUUGUUGUUUUUUUGAACUUUUUUCUUGUUUAACUGUUUCUCAGUAAGUGGCAGGAAGUGCUGGGCCUAGUUUCCAACAUACUGUAUGUGAUGCUAAACAUUUUACCCAAGCUUCUCCUCUUGGGUCUUGUCUGUUCAAAGUGUAAUUAGCCAGAAGUCUUGUGGUUUGUUGGUUCAGAUUAAACUAUUCAAACCUAAACUGUACAGCCAUAUUCUCUUGUAGACUCCUCCUGACCGCCUUUCCAAACAGGCCAUACGUUUUCUUUUUUUUUUUUUUUAUGUACUUUCAUUAAUAGUAACAUGCUAUUUGAGGUCUGCGUCUUCGAUCUUUAGAUGUUGAGAUGUGGUCUUGCUGGGUCAUCAUUCCUGCUGGGGUGUGUUGAUGAGCUGUUAAUGACUAUUCUCUCUGUGGAUUAAUGGGCUCAAUAUUGUUUGCAAAUCUUCUCCUAAACCUUCUCUGACUGAUGGGCAGCAACAACAGCUUAUCUGACAUCCUUACUGAAGUAUUUUCUCGUGGUAAUUGUAUUGAUACACACCUGAAAUGAAAAUGCUCAUCUCAAAUGAAAAUAAUCACCUUAUGAGAGAAAUGAAACUUUAUAUUGAUUAUUCAUUUGACAACAAUCUAUGACUAUGAUGACAAUUAAACUACAAAUAAAGUUACACUAU